AGCACUUCCGGUCAAAAAGUACGGAAGUGUUCUGCGCUGCCCGAAAACUUUCUCUACAAGACACGUUUCUAAGUCUAAUCCUUACAUCUGCUGUUGCAAAAUAUGUCAUUCCCAGGAUAUAACAGUUAUGGUGGUGCGAUGCCAGGAGUUCCUGCUCAGGGUAUGCCAAUGCCAGGAGCCCCAGCAGGAGUUCCUCCUGGAGGUGGUUUCCCAGCACAGCAAUAUGGGGGGUAUCCAGGGGGUUUUCCCGGCCAACCUGCCCAAGACCCAUUGAUGGGAUAUUUCACAGCCAUAGCUGGCCAGGAUGGUGAGAUUGAUGCUGAAGAACUCCAAAGGUGCCUUACCCAGACUGGAAUCAGUGGUUCCUACACUCCCUUCAGUUUGGAAACAUGCAGGAUUAUGAUCGCCAUGCUGGAUAGAGAUUUCACAGGAAAGAUGGGUUUCAGUGAGUUUAAAGAACUGUUUGCAGUGCUAAAUGGCUGGAAGCAGAACUUCAUAAUGGUGGACCGGGACUGCAGUGGAACGGUGGAACCUCACGAGAUGUCCCAGUGUAUUGCUAACAUGGGAUACAGAAUCAGCCCUCAGGCACUGAAUAGUGUCAUCAAACGCUACAGCAAGUCAGGCAAGAUCUACUUUGAUGACUAUGUGGCGUGUUGUGUGAAGCUAAGAGCGCUAACAGACAACUUCAGGAGGAGAGACACAAUGCACCAGGGAAUGGUGAACUUUCAGUAUGAUGAUUUCAUCUUGUGUACCAUGUCUCUCUGAAGGAGUUUAAUGACAAGCAUGCACUCCAAGAAGAGCACUGAAUGACUAAAUAUCCAGAAAGUAAUCUAUACAGCUCUGGAAAAAAAUCUGAGACCACUGCAAAAUGAUCAGUUUCUCUGGAUGUACUACUAUUUAUAGACAUGUGUUUGAGUAAAAUUAACAUUUUUGUUUCAUUCUAUAAAAUGGCAACAUUUCUCCCAAAUUACAAAUAAAAAUAUGGUCAUUUAGAGCAUUUAUUUGCAGAAAAUGACAACAAAGAUGCAGUGUUUUCAGACCACAAAAUUCAAGCAGCUCGGCUUUGUUUGGUGGCUUGUGGCCGUCCAUCUUCCUCUUGAUCACAUUCCAGAUGUUUUCAAUGGGGUUCAGGUCUGGAGAUUGGGCUGGCCAUGACAGGGUCUUGAUCCGGUGGUCCUCCACACCUUGAUUGACCUGACUGUGUGGCAUGGAGCAUUGUCCUGCUGGAAAAACCAAUCCUCAGAGUUGGGAACACCGUCAGAGUUUUCUUCCAGGAUAACCUUGUGUGUGGCUUGAUUCAUGCGUCCUUCUCAAAGAUGAAUCUGCCCGAUUCCAGCCUUGCUGAAGCACCCCCAAAUCAUCACCGAUCCUGCACCUGGUCGUCUAAUGGUUAGAUGGAGAGGCCUUCAAGACACAGUGUCUUGCACCCACUGUGAAAUUUUGUGGAGGAUAAAUAAAGCCGAGCUGCUUGAAUAUUUGCGCCAGGAGUGGCAUAAAGUCACCCAACUGUAAUGUGAAAGACUGGCAGAGAACAUGCCAAGACGCAUGAAAGCUGUGAUUGAAAAUCAGGAUUAUUCCAGCAAAUAUUGAUUUCUGAACUCUGAAAACAUCAGAAUUGUGCUGUUUAAAAAUGAAUAUGAACUUGUUUUCUUUGCAUUAUUCCAGGUCUGAAAACACGGCAUCUUUGUUGUCAUUUUCUGCAAAUAAAUGCUCUAAAUGACCAUAUUUUUAUUUGUAAUUUGGCAGAAAUAUUGUCAGUACUUUAUAGAAUAAAAUAAAAAUGUAAAUUUUACUCAAACACAUGCCUAUAAAUAAUACAUCCAGAGAGAAACUGAUCAUUUUGCAGUGGUCCCCUCAUUUUUUCCAAAGCUGUAUAAGGGAAAACGGGCAUUUCAAAUCCAAUUGCUAAAGCAUAUUAUUUGUCAGCAAGCUGUGUAAUACGUUAACAUAGGAGCAAACUAUAUAUCGCACAAAAUAGAUAAUGACAUUUGUGCCAAAGCAAACAUGGUUGUUUUUUUUAUCUUUUUCAUAUGCAUUGUGUAACGUUUUAACUAAAUAUAACCACACUCCACAUAUUUUGCCAAUAAAUGUAUCU